UGCAAUUGUGAGACAUUAACGUAUUUAUUUUCCCAAUGCCGAACGCAAACUAUUGUGAAAGGCAAAAAUAUAUCUGUCAAUUUCCAUAUUAUUAAAUCUAUAGCACUUUUAUUAAACGAAAUGGCUAAUGCUGGAAAUCAGCGGCUGUCAGCAUGUGGAAUACUUGAUAAAUUGCGUUUAAAUAGUAAGAAGUAUCUUAACAUAAAAGAAUCAAAAAACUUGCUUGCUAUAUUCGAGCAGAAUGUAUUUGUUUGGCAUGAUGCUGGAUCUUGCAUAUUAACUGCAGACAUAAAUUCUGAAAUAAAAAGUUCAUCCUACAAAAUGCUCACUCUGACAAACCCUCCUGUUUUUGAUGUAGAAUCAUUGCUUUUUAAUCAAACUGGAAGUCUUCUUGCUUUAAGUGGGAAAAAUGGAGUUAUGGUUUUUGAAGUUCCUUGGCGUUAUGGUAAAUUUGGUGUGACUGGAGAAAAUAGAGAAGUUAUUCUAGGAAGGUCAUGGAAUGUCGCUGAAUACUUUUUUGUUUGUUCUAAUAGAAUUAAUGUUGUUCAAACUGCAUGGCAUCCAGGAAGUUCUUCAAAUACACAUCUUACUGUUUUAAGUUCAGAUAAUUAUAUCAGGAUAUAUGAUGUAACAGAUCCGCAGGCACCCCAGCAAGUCAUAUCACUUGGAGCGUGCUCAAAAAGCUCUUAUUUGUCUUCUGAAUCAAAAAUAACAUUUUCUACUUGUUUUGGUGAAAAUACAGUAGGUUUUGAUUUUGGACCUCCUGAAAUUAUGAACGUGCCUCAAUCUGAUAGUACAAGGUUAACAAAAGUAUAUGAAGAAGAGACCAUUUGGCCUAUUUUUCUUCUGCAUGGAAAUGGAGAUCUGUAUAUUCUAAAAGCUCCUAUGAAGAAAGAUCGCUUUAAUAACUCAGCAGCUAAAUUAAUGGGGCCUUUGGCAAUGUAUCCACCUACAGAAGAUAAUUAUGGUUAUGAUGCUUGUUCUAUUUUAUGCCUGAAAACCUCUCCGACUUGUCUUGUUAUUGCAACUACUGUUGGUAUAUUAUAUCACUGCUUGGUAUUAGAAAAUGAUAAUUCUUCUAAUAAGGUGCAUCAGCCAGAUGUAACUUGGGAGUAUGAACCUUCUGUUAAACAUGAUGUGGCUUUAUAUGUUUUUGAAAGUAUAGAACUUCCAUUGUCUUUAACUGGAGAUCAAGAUGAUGUAUACAGUCAUCCUAUAAGAUUGUAUGAAGAUGUUACAUCACAUACUAAAUACCACUGCUCACAUGUGUCUGGUUUACAUUCAGUUGCUAUGCCAUUCCUUCAGACUGUGCAAGAGAGCCUUGAUUCAGGAGAACUAGAAAAAUUUCUCACUGAACAACAGAAACAAGCAUCUAUUGUGGAACAUAUUCUUUGCACAAAACCAUUUUCUCAAUUAGAUCCAGUUCCUGUUCUAGGUCUUGAUGUAACUGUUAGUGAUGCUGCGGUUACUAUGAUUUGUCUCUUAGCAUCAUGGGAGUUUGUUUGCCUUCCAUUAGUAUCUUCUUAUUUUUCAUCCACUCCUCAACUGCUUUCCGAAAACCGUGCAUCUCCCAAAGAUGAGGAGCUGUCUAUCACUUCCAGUUUUGAGCAACAUCUGGAAAAAACAUUACAACGUUCCUUAUGUAGUCCAUUUCUAAAAUCCUUUUCUUCAAUGAAUCAAAUUGAGACAUCACCUCAGCAGUGGUUGGAUUUAUUGUGCAGUGUGACUCAAAGAUUUAGAGAAGAUUAUAUACAGAGGUUAACCACAUCUCAAGCACUCUUACGAAGCAGGGUUAAAGUUUUAACACAGCAGAAAGAAUACCAAUUGAGAGAUAUCAGCCGAUUGCAGCAAGAAAAGGAAAAUCUUAAAAAUGCUGCAGAACGUUUAGCUGAAAAAUACGAAGAUGCAAAUGCUAAUCAACAAAAAAUUUUAAACAGAAUAGAAGUUGUUCUUCGAAAGCUACAACAUCAUUUGCCACACCUUUCUAAAGCCGAAAUAAACAUGAAAUAUACACUUUUGGAUUAUGAGGAGCAUCUUAAAAAUUUUGAAGUAUCCUUAAGUCAGAUCAAAAAGAAAGUGAAACAUCAAGCAGAAAAAAUAGCAGAAGCAGGUGAAACUAAAGAAUCAAUUUUAGCAAAGCAAAAUGAAUUGAAAAAUGUGCAUUUCAGCGAAACACAAAUGAAGCAUGUUAAAGAAUUGCUUGCACAAGAGGGAGAAUCUAUUACUGAUCUUGUGAAGACUAUCACUGCUUUGAAAAAACAAGCAGCCAUGUGAUUAUUUUUUAGGCAAUGUAUUUAAGUGAACUGAUUGGUGAAUCCAUUUUCAUGUUAUAUUAGGUAAUUCAUGUGAAAAAACAUAUAUUAGUUUUCUCACUUGUAAAUAAACAUUAUUUGAAAUAAAUAUUGUGGUGAUA